AUGUUCACUUCAACUCUUAGACGUAGCGUUGCUCUUAACAGACAAUUUGCUAGAUAUUUCUCAACUGCUGAGCCAACCUUAAAGGAAAGAUUAGCUCAAAUCAUUCCAGGAAAGAUCGAACAAGUCAAGCAAUUGAAGGCUGAACAUGGUGAUAAGAUUAUUGGAACAUGCACUGUUGCUCAAGCCUACGGUGGUAUGAGAUCGGUCAAGGCAUUGGUCACUGAGACCUCAUCGCUCGAUGCCGAGUUGGGUAUCACUUUCCGUGGUUACACCAUUCCACAAUGCCAAGAGAAGCUCCCAAAGGCUCCAGGUGGAGAGGAACCAUUGCCAGAGGGUAUCCUCUGGUUGUUGUUGACCGGUGAAAUCCCAACCACCAACCAAGUCCAACAGCUCUCCAAGGAGUUGGCCAAUCGUUCUGGUUUGCCAACUUUUGUCACUGAGAUGAUCAAGAAGUUCCCAAAGGAUAUGCAUCCAAUGUCCCAAUUGGGUGCCGCCAUCUUGGCCCUCCAAACCAACUCCAAGUUUGCCUCUGAGUACCAAAAGGGUAUGAAGAAGGAUCAAUAUUGGGUCCACACUUUGGAAGACUCUUUGGACAUCAUUGCCAAGUUGCCAGAGAUCGCCGCUCUUAUCUACCGUCAAACCUACAAGGAUGGAAAGAUGCCAGCCAUCGAUCCAAAUCUCGAUUGGUCCGCCAACUUCAAUCGUUUGUUGGGUUUCAACUCCAAGGAGUUUGACGAGUUGAUGAGAUUAUAUUUGACUAUUCACACUGACCACGAGGGUGGUAAUGUAUCUGCCCACACCACUCAUUUGGUCGGUUCCGCUCUCUCAGAUCCAUACUACUCCUAUGCUGCCGGUAUGUGCGGUUUGGCUGGUCCACUCCACGGUCUCGCCAACCAAGAAGUAUUGACCUGGACACUCAACCUCAAGAAGCAAAUCGGUGAGGGUGAAGUCUCCAACGAGAAGUUGGCUGAACUCGUCUGGGAAGGUUUGAACGCUGGUCGUGUCGUCCCAGGUUUCGGACAUGCCGUCCUCAGAAAGACCGAUCCACGUUACACUUGCCAACGUGAGUUUGCCCUUAAGCAUCUUCCAAACGACCCACUCUUCAAGUUGGUCUCACAAAUCUACGAAGUCGUUCCACCAGUCCUUACCAAGCAAGUUUUGUUCGGUGUUUCCCGUGCUAUCGGUGUCCUUUCAUCCUUGGUUUGGGAUCGUGCUUUGGGUCACCCAAUCGAGAGACCCAAGUCUGUCACCACCGAAUGGAUCGCCGCCCAAAAGUUUUAA